AUGACAGAAGUAGUGGAAGAUUUGACUCUCAAGGACAUGGAUCCAGAGAAGGAAACACUAUUCUUCCAGUUUGAUGCCUCCACAGUACCAGAUGAGAUGGCUGAGGUGAUGAAGGCUAUCAAGGAGUUGGCAGAAAGCAUGCUAUUUCACUGGAAGACUUUCCCUAUCAUUCUGCCUCCUUCUAUCACGGAAGUAGUGGGUGAACCUACUGUACCCAAGGAUGGAGAAAAAGAAACCGCACAUAAGGGUAAGAUCAACUUUAAUGACUUGUUCAAAGCACCGACAUUUGAUGAGUUAGACCAGGUAGCCUUGAAUUCAUCAGGUGAACUGAAGAAACUAACAGAUAGACAACUACAGGAUGUCUGGAAUUACGGACAAUUUGAGGUGGAGAGUAUCAACUUUCCAGGACAAGUACACAAGUGGAGACUGACCCGUCUGUUACAAAAAGGCUCCAUGACUGCACAAGAUUCACUGCUGAAUGAUAUGGCACUGGUUUUGAGGUUGCUAAUCAUCACAGCCCGCAACAGAUUUGUAUCACACUUUUUCAGUGUGUCCAACUCUUUCAGAGGUCUGGGUAUAGGCUUCAUGAAGAUAUUAGAUAUCUUGAUUGGUGUCCCCGCCACCACCUCUGGUGACCUGGAUGCCAAGAUCCAGGAUGAACACAUGAGAUACUUAGUAGCAGAACUGGACAUCAAGCCUCACUGUAAGAAAGAUUUCCAGACCUUCUGCACCUAUGUGAAGGAAAAAUGUGAACAGUUACAAGCCGACAGUUCAAAGGGUGGCCCCAUUCGUCCUCCACCCAUACCUUACUGUUACCAAACACCGAGCGGGCUUGACAUUGACUUGAGGCUGUUCAACAAAGACUUAAUCAACAAUUGUCUACCUAUCCUCAGUAGUAUACUUGAUAGAGGAUCCAGGGGCUGGCAUGUCCAGUACAGACAGAAACUGAUACGGGAGUUACAGGGUAAAGGAUUAACAAAUGAAGAAAUCUCCAAGAGAGUCAAUGCUUCCGUCAUGGACGAAUAUUUAGACAGAGUAUUUACUGCGAUAUGUAGCAACACAGAAUUGGAGAAUCUACAACAAGGUAUAGGAAAACUGCUGGUAGCACAAGCUAAAACUGUAAUAGCCAUGAAAAAAGCUGUCAACAAUGUCCAGGUUAAGAUGGUGAAGCAUAAAGAAAAGCUGAUUUCCCAUCUGAAGUCUGGGUACAGAGUCAAAUCAAGAAUCGAACCGUGGAUGAACGAACAGAUCCGAGCAUUUGAGAUGGAAUUUGUGGAGCAGAACCUAUGGUCUGCUCAUGAGGAGGCCAUUAAUAUCUGUGAAGAUGGAGGGCUCAAACAAGCGGUCUACUUCUUGAAACGAGACCUCAACUUCCUCAAACAGAGAGAAGCAGUCCUUAUUAAAGAAUUGGGAAAAGUGAGACAUCCCAAAAGAAAAUUCACAUUUGCUACAAGGAUCUGGUUUCCCCAGAAUUACAUUGUGAUGAAGAAGAUUGGCAACCAACAGGAGAGGAUUCCAACUGUGGUUAUGAAUACUAAGAGUCCACCCAGCAGUUCACUUACACUCAGUGAAGGAGACAGGGUUGUGAGCUAUACUGUUGAGAAGUAUCAUCAUCGUGUCACCUCUUCACGCUAUCCGUUUUGGAGGUGGUGGAACUACCUUCAUCGUACAUGGACCUGGACCUGGAAUGCAAUUUUCCUACUAGGAGUAGUAAUCCCCUGGUGUAGCCCCAUCAGUCUGAGGGCACUGUUCAGCAUCAAGCCUUUUAUACCAGACUCUACACUCAGUCAGACUGAUGGAAAGUUGUACCGUAACUCCUACUCUAUAACCCAGACACUGUGUUCUCGGCUUAGUCGACUCUGGGGAAAUGUCUGGGAAUCAAGGAAGGAGUUUGAAGAUGCUCCAGAUCAAGGUUUUCUAGGGAAGAGUUUCACUCGUCACAUUAACCGUUUCUGGAACUACGUCCUGAAGGGAGCAUGUGGAACAGUGAUUCUUGUCCUUUUCUUCCCCGCCUGCUGUGUAGUGGCUUCCACUGCCUCACUGACUGCUGCCAUCACUGCUCCCCUCUGGAUGCCGGCUGUUACCUUAUUAGUUCAUAUUAGUUUUUUCCUCAUUUUUGAUUUUGACUGUCCAGAUGAAAGUAAUCGAUUGUUCCUGAUUUUCGAAGCCUUACUAGGAAGGAUUGUACUUCAAGGUCUAGUCCAGCCAAUAGCUGCUCUGUUUACAGGAGGUGUACUCUGUCCACUGGCUGCCUUAGCAGUGUCUGUCUUUGGUGUAUUGAGGCGGACAGGUCGUGGAGCGUGGGACACUGUCAUGUACUUUACAGUGGUGAAGAGUCGUGGAAGAGUCCCGUCCAAGGACAGUUUUGUGGCCCGGAGGAUUGCAGGGCCUGGACUUGCCUCAAACUACUUCUUCCAGAUCCAGAUUGAACAGGCACUUGCAGCACUAGAGGCUCGCAUGGAAUUGGAUGAGCUGGAGGCCUGGAAGUCCCAUGUCAUCAAGGUCAUAGAGCUGCCCAAGGAUAAGUACAGUUUGUUUGUGGAGCAAUGUUUCAAACCUUUCUCAGCCGACGUUGUCCAGGAGGGAGUGUACAAACGUCUGUGUGCAGAAACCAGCCAGUACCUUACAGACCUUACCAUGAAGGUUAAAUAUCGGGAAAAGAACUUGAACACUGGUCUCCUUCCAGACAUUCAGCGACGCAUCAAAUUACCAGAAAGAGAGCUCAAGCUCUCCAUUCUAAAUGCUGCUAAAAUGUUGGAAAAAUUUUAUACCGAACGUGUCUUUCCGAAACUUAUGUUACCUGAAGUGGAAUUCUGGGAAGGCAAAGGAUUGGAAUAUCGAGAUUGGAGAGGACUUGCCGGCAAGAAAUUCAUAGAGAUUUUCUCCAAGACCUUUUUAAUCCCUUUAGAGGACACAGAUAAUCAUUUUGAACUUGAGGUUCUUCAUAUCAACAUGGAGAGGUAUAUAAAGAUGGUUGCUACAGGUGACUACCAUGAUGACCUUGACCUUGUCACAGAGAUCCACACACCUUCUGGUGAAGUCAGUGUCAAGGCUCCUCAGAUGGACCUUCAUUUCUUUGACCCCAGUCAGGUUAUCCUACAGACGACGAGAUACCACACACCAAGGUCAAGGUCCAAACCAUGGAAACCAAUUUUGAAGGAACUUCAGUUUGACAAACUGCAGAUACCAUUACCAAUCCCUCAUCCUGUGGUAAUAGCUGUGCUCAUAUACAACAGAGACCACGACCAGAACCCUAUUGUGUAUGAGGACGUGUACUGCCAACGGAUCCUACGCGCCACCAAAGAGGUGAAGGUCCUACCAGAGUGAGGCUCCCGAUGGGUAUCUUUUACAAUUCUGCACAUUACAGUAACAUUGGUCUCCUCAAGCUCAACUUGGUAUUGUGUCGUAAUUCUCUCUGUCCUGCUGCACUUUCUAAUUCAGAGUGUAUUUCAUAUUAACCAAGAGUGACUAUGUUAUUGUUAGGUAAAACCUUGUUAUGCUGUUAUCUUUUGUCUGACAGAAUAUUGACUGCACACUCAUCACUUUGGCAAUUUUAUUUGUAUGACUUAAUUGGCAAGAAAAAAGUACAUAAGAUGGAUUGGCACUAUAAAGUGUGUUUGGAAUGGCAAUAUAUAGAGGUUUUGCUGUAAUAGUGGUAUUGAUGUAAUAUAGGUUAGAAGUAAUUAUUGCUGGUGAAAAGAAAUUUCCAUGAAAUCUUGAUAUUAAACAUGUAUUUUCUAGUUCUUUUAAAGAAAUGAAUUUCUGAAAUCAUUUCUUGCUAUGUAUUUUUAAAAAUUUCAAAAUCAUCAAGUCAGAUCACAGAGAAAACAAUUACCAGGAAUAUAUCUAGAAUUUUCAUACCACCAAAAGUAAAGGAUAAUAUUGGACAAAGACAUUUUCAAGUGAUGUAGUUCCCGUAACUAAAAUAUUAAACUUUUAUCUGAAAAUUGCUCAAAAUUUAUUUUAUUGGAAAUAGACUAUAAAAUAUGUUGAUUAUUUCAAUGAAAAAAGAAGCGUCUCAUAAAGAUGGACUUCGUUAGAAGUUACCUUGACAAAGGUGUCACAAGAUCAUCUUAUUUGAAUUAUUGCUGAAGUUUUUUUAAUUAUUGCCAGAGUUAUUUCCCCUUGUUUCAUUUAUCUCUGUUCUGUUAUUGCAACUUUUUCUAUAAAGAAGGUUUCUUAACUUUCCAGGAAUAUAUACUUGCAUGUGAUUUCUCCUGUUUCAUUAUCCAGUGCUUGUGUUACUGAUACUAUUUAAUGUGAGAUCUUUAUCAUCUGAUAUUCAUGGUCAUUUUUGUGAUAUUUACAACAACCUGUCUUUUGUACCGUAUGUCAUUGUAUUAGUGCAGGAAAGUAAAAACUAAAAUUUUCAUUUUUGUUUAACAAACAUUUAAGGGGCUUUCCAUAGGGUCACAAUUAAGCUUUCAUUUUUCUCUUUCAUUUUAUUGAUCAAUAUGAAAGUUUUGUCUUUAUUUUUCUUCUGUGUUAUUAACUUGAAAACAUACAUUAUUUGAGUGACAGAAAUGAAUAAAACAUUUCUUAUGUUGUCAUUUUUUAAUUUAUCAAAGAUGAUCAAUGUAGUUUUAAAAACAUCAAAAUACUGCUGAUUAUAAUAGGGCCGUAUUAUUGAUUUAGGGUUAUAUGCUUACUUUUGAUGUUUUUUGGCUUUAGUUCACUAUUUUUCUUCCUUUCAAAAUUUUUUGAUGAACAACAAUCAUUAAAAAAGUAACAGUUUUAUGAACAACUUAUUAGCAAACUAAUGGUGUGUUUUAUGAAUUAUGAUAUGAACACUGGAAAUGGCUAGUUAGUUGUUAGAACCAGAACUUAGCUAUGACAAAGACAAUUAUUGUUGCAUGUUGAUUAAACUAUCAGUUGUUUCUGUUUGACUCUUUGUUUUGAGUUACCAAUGCAUGUUUAGUUGUGGUAAAAUGGACUUUCACUUUAAAAAAGUUACUCUUUGUAAACACCACACAUAUAUAUUUAGUGUUGUCCAGGUGGCUGUUUCUUUGAAUAUGCUUUUUUCAGGCAAACUGCAUUUCAAAAUCCUGUCUUUCUCACUGCAAACAUUCAGGGUGCAGUUGUAGUUACAUAUGUACACAAACUGCACUUGCAUAAUAUAUUUAUAUAUCUUGUUUCGGUUGUACUUAUGUGCCUACUGUAGUUGCACGCCUUUCCUUCCUUCACAUCUCAUGAUGGAGGGGACAUAACUUUCAUUUCUAGCAUCUUUCUUACAAGGGGACAGAACUCUGUGACACUUGGAAUGAGUUAAACAAGUUAUGGCAGUUGAUACAUCUUCUAUGCAAUUAAUUCAAACAAAGAUGCAUGGAAUUUUCCUGGAUUGGAAAAGAAAAAUUAAGGAUGAAUAUAACAAUUUUAAAAACAAUUAAGAAUUUUAGGAAAGGUCUAAUGCUAUAUGCAUCUUUGACUUGUUAUAUGAAUAGGAAUUCUAUAUUUUCAAUUUAAAUUAAUUAAUUUAUCAUUUCUUGAUUACGUAAAUAAUUAAUGUUGCCAUGUCCAAUUUUUUCUUUUAUCGGUAAUGUUUUGAUUAUUUUGUGCCUUGCUAAGAUUUUUUUUUUAGGAUGACUUUCUUCCUAUUGAAUGGUUGUGAUCUCGGCUUUUCCACAAUGAAUUUAGCAAUGUGGUUGUAUAGUACAAAAUCUAUUUUAACAAAGUUAUAUGUAAAACAGGCAAAUAUAGUUUUAUACAAGGGACUGAUAUUUAAUUAUACAAGAUAAGAAAAACAUGCAGACAAUUUCUGUAAAAUGAUUUGUUUUAUUUUAGCAUUAUUGUUUGAUAGUAUUGAUGUUUUGUACACUAAAUGCUUGCAUAUAUCAAGGUCUCUUCCUCAAGGUUAACAGAGAACUCCUGUACAAAAAUUCAAUGUGUUCUUUUACGAAUUUUCUUAACAGUGAAUAUUUAGGGUCGAGUGUUGAUGAUUAUAAUAAGAUAAUACACUUGUUAUUCCUGUCAUGUUUUCCAUAUGUAUUCCUCAUUAAACCCAUGAUGCCAGCACCUUAAAUUCUCGCAGUGGGGAGAGAGAUUGGCUGUAACAGAGAAAAUACUAAAGCUUGUAAUGGCUUUUUAUCAUACCUGUCAUAAAGUGCAGUAGAUGUACAUGGGCUUAUUGACAAAUAGAUAGGGGAAUAAGAUACUUUUUUUAACAAGUACCUGAUGAAACUGAAUAUAUGCACAUAUUUACUCUCUAUUUCUCUUUGUUUCUUUUUGUUUAAGAUUCAUUGCUGCUUUACCUGUGUAGAUAUUCUUUAAUCUUCUAUAAAUGUCCUGGAUACUUUACAUCUCUAAGAUCAGUAACAAAAGUAACCUCUCACUGAUGCUUUAUUUUAUAAAGGUACACAUUUCGUGAAAUGUACAUGCAAAUACAGGAGUGAAAUCUGAUAUCAUUUCAAUUGAUGCUUAUUUAAAAAUUCAAUACCGGAAUGUAAUUAAAGAUAGAUUUUACUAGAGAAUUUAAUGUUUUGUACAAAUAAGUAUCAAUUAUACUGCCACAAAAAAAAAUUAAGCCAAUUGAAAUCAAAUUGUAUUGACAUUAAUUGUAACCUUUGUUUAUGACAUCAUGAUUUUUUUUUUCCUUCAGAAAUAAAAAUUCAGAUCCCCUCAAUGAGAUCUUCAUGAAAAAUUUAAUUUACAUUAAACCAGCUGUAAAAUAUUUCUAUGUUAUCUAUAUCUUGACAUUUCCUGUAAUUUUGACUGAGCAAUAUUAACAUAAAAAUAGAUGUAUAUUUUCAGCCUUAUUAACCUAUUUUAAUUAAGAAACUGACAAGCAUAAUAUUUCUAUAGUUUUGUGAUUUGAUAAUGAUAAUGAUCUUCAUGUACGUUUUAGCCAACUAUUAUCAGAUGGUAUGUGUUCCAAAUUGCACUUAGAUCAUCUUGUGGAUAGCUUACACCACAACAACUAUUUCUUCAGAAGUCUGAUGAGAUCCUCAAUCUUUAAAUGUAAUGGAUGUUUUUCAUGAAUAAUUGAAGUGAUCAUAUGGAAUCUAUUACUGUUUGAAUUACUAACUGUUGGCGUGAUCGUACAUACAACUGAUUGUUAAGGAGAAAGAACAAAAAAAAGGUCAAACUUAUGUAGACCCCAUGAGUUUACAAUGGGGGAGGCCAUGAGUUUACAAUGGGGAUGUCAUGAGUUUACAAUGGGGGACGCCAUGAGUUUACAAUGGGGGACGCCAUGAGUUUACAAUGGGGUACGCCAUGAAUUUACAAUGGCGGACGCCAUGAGUUUACAAUGGCGGACGCCAUGAUCAUUUCGAGAUCUUCUGUUUCUGCUGACAUUUUAUUUGUGAAUGAAAAAAUAUAUUUAUCAGUUAAAUAUCUUUUCUUGUCUAUAUAUAUUACUGUGAAAACUGGCUAAUAUGACACAAUGAUGGAAACUAUCAUAUCUUGGUCAAAUUGGACAGGAGGUUAGAGAGCUAAGAUUCAAUGUUUUUUUUAACUAUUUUGAUGAAAAAUGGUAUCACAGUACCUGAGUAUUUUGUAGGAUUAAACAGGAAGACAGAAUAUACAGGUCAUACUGGGUAAUGUUCAAGAUAUUUAGGGUUACAGUAUUCUUUUGGAUCCGAUUCAGAGAUAUGGGGUUACAAUAUUCUGUUUGGAUCAGGAGUCAAAUUAGACAAGGUUCACAGUAAUCUUCAUUAUCUGUCCAGUCUAUAUGUGAUGGUGCUAUAUAAUCAUACAGGCCAUUUAGUUUCUGACUUGUUUCCCAGAUUACAUGAUGUCAUUAAUCAUGCACUAGUGAUAUAUAUAUAUAUAUGUAUUGAUGUAUUAUGUUUAGAAGUUUUUUCCAUGCUAUAUAUAUAAUAAAUAUAUUAUUGGAUGUGUAUAUUUAUGUAAAACUCUCUUAUGACACCUGUUUUGACCUUUGACCUCACCAGGUUAUUUGCAUUUUGUUAGCGAAUCUCUAGUAAAUGAACUGAAGGAUUUUAAUCUUAUAAAUAUUGAACGAUACUUCAUGGAUUUUACAUGAUUGUCUGUCUCAGCAAAUUUGAACACACUUGUUCUAGAAAAUGCAAGUAACAUGAUAGACAUCAAAGAUUUAGAUAAAUGGUUUUCUUUCAAGAAAUAAUUUCAAAUUAUUUUUCACAUCCUGAAAAUUGUUAGUAAUAAUCACCUGUAUUGUAUAAGUAAAUUACUAGUUUUAGGAUAAAAAUCAAUUGAAAGAAGACCCAAGUCUUUUUUGUGUAUAUUAUUUCAAAGCUUAAUACAGAUUUACAAAAGAACAAUUUGCAAUUACAUGAAGCUUGAAAGUGCAGUUUUUGUUUGAAUUUUCAUUGCAAUAUUGCCUGUUUGUAUGUCAUAAGGCUACACAGACAUAGAAGACCUUCUGUAUGUCAUAAGGCUACACAGACAUAGAAGGCUUUCUGUAUGUCAUAAGGCUACACAGACAUAGAAGACCUUCUGUAUGUCAUAAGGCUACACAGACAUAGAAGGCUUUCUGUAUGUCAUAAGGCUACACAGACAUAGAAGACCUUCUGUAUGUCAUAAGGCUAAACAGACAUAGAAGACCUGUAUGUCAUAAGGCUACACAGACAUAGAAGGCUUUCUGUAUGUCAUAAGGCUACACAGACAUAGAAGACCUUCUGUAUGUCAUAAGGCUACACAAACAUAGAAGACCUGUAUGUCAUAAGGCUACACAGACAUAGAAGACCUUCUGUAUGUCAUAAGGCUACACAGACAUAGAUGACCUUCUGUAUGUCAUAAGGCUACACAAACAUAGAAGACCUGUAUGUCAUAAGGCUACACAGACAUAGAUGACCUUCUGUAUGUCAUAAGGCUACACAAACAUAGAAGACCUGUAUGUCAUAAGGCUACACAGACAUAGAUGACCUUCUGUAUGUCAUAAGGCUACACAGAUAUAGAAGACCUUUGGUAUGCUUUAAGGCUACCUGACAUAGAAGACUUAUGCUUCUUCAGGCAAUAAAAAUCUCAUGGGAAAGACUUGGAACCAGACCUCAAAGAGUUUUUUUUAAACCAAGAGACUUAAGGAAUAGAUAGAAGGGCCAGGGAUAAGUUUAUAAAUAUCUGAUAAAAGACAAAAAGGGAUGAUGAAAUUUGUUGUGAGGAUGGGGAAACAAAAAAUGAUAGAAUUAAAUGCUUGAAUUUAAAAAAUAUUGGAUGCUAUAGCUAAUUACAGUAAAACCCAGGGGAGAAACAGAAUGAAUAAAAUCAAAGGGAAAGAUAUUGAAAGACUUGUAAAAAGACAAAGAUGAUGAAAUUCAAAAUUGUUGAUAGAAGACAAAAAGAUGUGUAUGGAAUCGACAUGAGAACAAGUCAUUACAAUUGAUGUUAGAAAGUCAUUAGAUGGAUGUUGAAAUUCCAAGAAAAGUUCAAAUAAAUGAUGAAAGGACAAGUACUUGAACUUACUAAUAAGUGGAAUAGGGUUUCCCAUUGUAAAGAUGAAGGUCAUUUUGACUGUGUUAUCCUUGGCUGAAUUUGUACUUUUAACAUGUAACUGAGAAUAUAUGAUGAUUUUUAAGUUAACAUCCUGAGAUUAACCAAACAUACAUAUAUAUAUACUGUUUAGUAAAAUUAAUAUGUAUAGAAUGAUGACGAUGAGUAAAAUAUCACAUAAAAAUAAAAAUAGAAAUAUA